AUUUAUCUAUUUUCUUCUUGCUUCAAUGGAUAUAUUUUCCAAUAUUGGUGGUAAACGGAAAAAGAAACCAAGACGGCAAACUCCAACGUCAUUACCACCUUAUUUUCAACAAGAACCACAAACGCAGCAACAUGCUUCAAAUAUUCUUACACCUUUGAAAACUAAUAUACAAUCUUAUAAUGUUCCUCGCUCUCCCGAUCUGGUCUCUCCGACAAGUACAAAGGAUUCCUGGACUACAACGGCCAAUUCUUCUUUAAGAAGUCUCCCUUAUGCUUCUGACGAUCAAAUCCCAGUUACACAAUGGUUAGCAGAAGGAAACGAUCGUCCUUCUGACGAUGAUAUUGAACGUCUUUUUGAAGAAGCAGCGUCAAGACUGAAUUUGAACCUUGGUGAUACCACUUUACGAGAUCUUUCUUCGGACAAAAAAUGGUGGAUUCUUUGCAACGAAAGUCAAUUAACGAAAUUAGGAAAUAUGACAGCAAGUGGCAGUAAUAACAUUAGUACCAACAAACGAUCGAAUCGCCCUUCUACUAGACAUACUGGAAGAAAAUUACAAAGUGGACAUUCACCUCAUUCACAAGCACAGAACCAGCAACAGCAUUCCUCUUUUCUUGACUAUCAUACUCAAGAUACCAAUUCACCUCUAUAUUACAUCCAUUUGUUUCAACACAAAGACAAAAAAGACCUUCCAAUCAAACUUAUUAGUGAUAUGGCGGUGCGCUUAAGAACAAUGCCUCUUAGUUGGGUGCGCCAAUUCGUCGAACAUCAAGGAAUGCAGCAUAUUGCAAAAGAGCUGGCAAGGACCAACAGUCAAUCAUCUAGACGGCAUCAACACAAUUCUUAUCUUGAACUUGAACUUAUCAAAUGUUUACGAGCGCUUUUCAAUAAUGUGCAUGGAAUCAAAGAAGCAUUAGGCGAUCCUCUUUAUAUCGACACGUUAACUUACUCUUUAUUAUCACCUUAUAUGCCUGCAAGACGAUUAGCAUGUGAUACUCUAACAUUUAUAUGUUAUUGUGAACAACCUAUUGGUCACUCGAUGGUAUUACAUGGUAUGGACAGAUUGAAAGAAAAAGGAAAUCAUCAUUCUCGAUUUGGUCCUUGGUUAUCCGAUUUUUCAAAUAUGUUACAAGGUCGAGGCAAGAUGGGAUCUAUUGUUGGGGCUAGUCAAGAACUUCGACAAUUGGGUAUGUCAGGGAAUAUAGAGAUACAAAUCACGGAAUAUGCUGCUUCCAAUAUGCUCUUAAUUUGUGCAAUGGUAGAUCCUGAUACUGUAGAUAAUCAACAAGAAAGGAUCGCAUUAAGAAACCAACUCUAUCAAGGUGGUCUGGACUCUAUUUUACAAGAACUUGGUGGACUUCACAAUGAAUUGAUCAACCGAAAAAUUGAUGAAUUUCGUGAAAUGGAUGACCGUGAUACUUAUUCUGUUUAUGGCGACACGAUUAUUAACAACAUUCAUGAACCUCUUGGCUUGAUGGAAGCAAUUGUACCUACUCUUGUUGGAACGCGCGCCUAUGACUUUUUACAAAAUAUACUACAAAAUUUGUUACUUAUUCAAUAUGACCCAGAAACAAGAAAUCGGUAUUAUCAAUUGAUUGAUAUGGUAGUGGGUCAAAUCACAUCAGAUCGCAGAGGAUCACCCAAUGGUUUCCAAGAAAUGCACGGCAUUUCCAUCGGUCAUCUCUUAUCAAAAUUCUCGGAUGAAGACGAACUGGAUCAAGCUCUCAAAGAUAUGUACGAAGAACGUGAACGAGCCGAUCAAGCUAUCAAAAGGGAAGCAGAACUCAAGUUAUUGGUCGACCGUAAAGCUGAUGGAUUAGUAGGUGAACUUCGUGCGGAAAAUCAAUCAUUGGCUAGAAGUAUACAUAUUGCCAAUCAAACCAAUACUGUAUUACAACAACGACUAGAAGAUUUGGAAGUAGAACAUCAACAUACACUUGAAGCCAUGGAUGCACAAAUCAAACGACUGUAUGAAGCUGUACGACUCCUUACCGACAAGAAGCAGCAACAAUCUUCUUCUGAACAGCAAUUACGACGCCAAAAUUCGUUGAAUCCUCUCUCAACACAAAAAGGAGAUAGAAAUAUCAAGAUGUGGAAUGUCAUUGAUUCUGACGAUAAAAUUAAUCUACUGGAAUCUCAAAGACAAACAAAUGUGAACGAAUUGAAACAGUCUUUUCGUAAUAAAUUGGGUGCUCAUUUACCAUCUUUGAUCCGACAAGGUUCUGUCAACUUUAACAAAUCAUUCAAAUCUCGAUCAAGUACUGACGGAAGCAUGUCUCCAAAGCUAAACCAACAACAACGACAAUCGGAAGACAGUCUGGAACUAUCACCUGCCUCUCCUACUGGAAGCCCUUAUGAAUCAGGCGUCAACGUCCAUCCAGAAUCAACCAUGUCUGAACCUCUAUUACAAUCGACAUCACGUCUAAAAAAUCAAGUAGCCACUUCCUCCUCAUUGAAAUCUGCUGCAUCUGAUGCUGGUGAAAAUAGUUUAAUUGAAUCGCCAACGUCCCUUUCUGUAAAAUCGCUCGACUUUCCCAUCAAGCCUUCUGAUACGCGUUCCACUCCUUCACUGAAAUCAACAUCAAGUUCAAUGUCAAAUCUUCAUCUUACUGCGGGCACUGGUUUGUCCAUAUCUUCUCCUAUAGAUCACUCACCACAACCUGAAGGAAACACACGUCAGAAAACUUUACCAACCAACGAUACGACUAUACCUCCAGCUCCUCCUCCACCACCACCACCGCCACCACCACCACCUCCUCCUCCUCCAGUUGUGAACAAUAUUCCAUUACCGCCGCCUCCACCUCCAGUUGUGAAUGAUAUUCCUCCACCUCCACCUCCUCCUCCAACGAUGAAUGAUACUGCACCUCCACCACCACCACCACCACCUCCUCCUCCUCCUGUGAACGGUGCUCCUCCUCCUCCUCCGCCUCUACCGCCAUCUUUGAACAGCAAUGGUCCUGCUGCUCCUCCACCUCCGCCUCUAACAGCCAAUGAUAAUCGACCAAUUGGUGCAAUUGGAAAUACUAAUCGGAAAUCAAGUACGUAUCAAGCGAAACAAAAACUCAAGUUUGUGGAAUGGGAAAAGAUGAAUUUGAUGAACAUUGGACAUACAGUAUGGAGUCAUCUUGACAAACCUGCAGUAUCUACUCGUAUAUCAUCAAACAUUACUUUACCAACGGAAGAUACCAUGAAAAAUGACCAGGAAACAACAUCAGCAGGAAAUACAGUAGCAACGGCAACAAAAUCAUUUGAGAAUAGUCUGGAAUAUCAACUUGCCAAGGCCGGUGUAUUUGAUGAUAUUGAAAAAACGUUUGCUCAAAAGCCUGCUGUAGAAAUCAAGGCACCACGAAAGAAAGAACAAAUACAUAUGAUUGAUUCCAAAAAGGCAUAUACGCUCAAUAUCUUUAUGACUAGUUUCAGUAAGCGAUUACCAUUAGAACAAUUCCAAGAUCGAAUAUUUGGCAUGGAUCAAGAUCUCAACGAUGAGCAAUUACUAUCAACUUUGUUGAAAUUUGCACCUACAAAGGAUGAAAUUACCAAAUUGACGCCAUAUAUCAAGUCUCCAACUGAAAAAAUCAAAGCUCUUUCUCCACCGGAUCAAUUCUGUCUACAGAUGAUACAAAUUCCAAGAUUCAAAGAACGAUUAGAAUGUAUGCUUUUCAAAGCUUCCUAUUCCGAUAAAUACCAUCGACUUUCACAUCAAAUGACGAUUGUUAUGAAAGCGUCCAUGUCCUUGUAUGAAGCUAAUAGUUUUAAGGAACUACUCCAGCUGAUUUUGUUACUUGGCAAUUUUCUGAAUGGCAACACUUAUCGUGGAGGAGCGUUUGGAGUUCGUAUUGGCAGCAUCAACAAGCUUGUAGAUACAAAAGGUACCUCUAAUUCAACUACUUUAUUACACUUUUUGGCGGAAACGGUGGAAAAGAACUUUCCUGGUAUUGAUCAUUUUGUGGAUGAGCUGGAUGAAUGCAAAGAAGCGUGCAAGGUGUCAUUGACUGAAGUGAAUAUGGAAUUUCAAGAAAUGUCUAAAGGCCUUUCAAAGUUGGAAGACGAACUCAAAAACGACCAUUGGUCCAGCAACAAAGACAGCAAAGAAGAUACAUUUGUAUCAGUAAUGACAGCAUUCUGUCAAGAAGCGAAAGUACUCUAUACCCAAUUGGAAGAACUACAGAGAAACAUGCUGUCCAAUUAUGAAGAGGUAGCACGUUAUUUUGGUGAAGAUCCUAACAAAGUGGCUCCUGAUGAAUUCUUUGGUAUAUUCAACACAUUUGUUACUAGUUGGGAAAAAUGCUCUCAAGAGAGUCAGUUGAUCAGACAGAAAAGAGAACGACAAGAAGCACAACGACUACGAGAAGCGGAACGACGGUAUCGACAACAACAACAACAGCAACAGCAACAAAAACAUUCGAGUACGAAAUCGUAUCCUUCUAAAGGUGUAGAUAUCAGCAAAUAUUCUGGAGAACAAGAUAAUGAACAAGAAAUUAUGGAUCAAUUGAUGAAAGAACUUCGAUGCGGUGGUCUAGAAAGCAAAUCGAAACGACGAAACACAUUACUCAAGACAGGACGACGACAACGUACUUCCGAUCUGAAACAAUUCAGCUCUCCUAGUUCAUUGGAUCCUGUAUUUUCAAAAGCUCAACAAAUGUUACGAUCCAUCCAAAAGGAUGGUGAUAUAUCGAUGCACAAUGACGAUGAUGAUGAAUUUGAAGAUAUAGAAUCAAUUGGGGAUAAAACUUAUAAAUCAUCAAGUCAAAAUGGGACAACAAAUGGAUCUUUGAAUUAUUCUAUAAGAAAGAAAGGUCGAUGGAAUAGACGCAAGACUGGAUUGGAUAGAUCUAUACAGAUGAAAUCAAGAAAAAAAGCAAGUUUGAUCCAAUGAUCUCCUAUGAACUUGUAUGCCUGCUGAUGAAAUGACUUCUGGGUUUGAAUAUAUCCUCCAUAGAAAAUCUUCUCACUCAUCUUUUUUUUUUCCCCACUUGUCUUUGUUUGUCCCCCCCCCCCUUCCUCUUCUUCCUCUUUUCUUUUUUUUUUUUUUUUU